CCAACAUCUCCGCCGAACUAGCAAAUUUACGCGCCAGCACCUGACAACUAGCAGGGGCCAGAUGUGGAGGCAAACCCUUCACAAGAGCUUGAUCAAGUAAUUUCCGGCUUGUCCACAUCAGAAGAGGCUGGUUAUCGGGCGUCUCCGCGAUUUAUCCGCGUCUAUGUCCAUGUCCAUGUAACGUCUCAUCGGCGCAGAGGCAUCCUGCUCGGCAAGUUGACAAACAGUUGGAGCAGAUUUCGAUCUCUGGGGUGAUUCUGGCACAAACCUGGGGGCCCGCGUUCUCCACAUUGAUAAUAAUAUGCGAGUCAGACGAAGCAUGAUGCGGGAAACUGUACAUAAUGCAUCUGUAGCAGGUGUCGUGUGAGGGGUACAUAUAUGAUGGCGACGAUCCCAUGUUUCGAAGCUCAUUCGUCUCGUCAACUCUCGUUGUAGUUGCUUUCCUGGGACUUUCAGCAUCAUGGACGCCGUUCGUAGCGCUUCGGUCACCUCUGCUCGGGCUCGCACCGAUGCGGCCUUCAAGAACCGCUGGCAUACUCUGCUCAAGAACCCCAAGAUUCUGAUCAUCGCCUUCUUUGCCUCCUUUGGUGGUUUCGAGUAUGGCUACCAGCAGGGUGUCCUGGGCCAGUCUCUGGUCAUGACCCGCUUCAAGGACAACUUCCCCUCCGUCGUCCAAUCGGCCUCUGCCACGGGUUGGCUCACAUCGAUCUUGCAACUCGGAGGUAUUCUUGGCUCCCUCACAGCUGGUGUUUUUGGUGAAGUCUUCUCCCGCAAGUACACCAUGUUCUGCGCUUGCUGUUGGGUCGUCCUCGGUUCAUACCUCUACAUCGGAGCCUCGCACCACAACCCAGCUAUGCUUUACGCUGGUCGAUUCUUCACGGGUAUUGGUGUUGGUACCUUCUCUGGUGUUGGUCCUCUCUACAACGCUGAGAUCGCGCCUCCUGAGCUUCGUGGUCUGAUCGUUUCGUUCUACCAAUUUGCGACUAUCCUCGGUAUCAUGCUUUCCUUCUGGAUUGGCUAUGGCUCGAACUACAUCGGUGGUAUUGGCGAGAGUCAGAGCAACAUGGCGUGGAUGCUGCCCUCCAUCAUUCAGGGUAUUCCCGCCGCCAUCCUCGCCAUUGGAAUCUGGUGGCUGCCAUUCUCUCCUCGCUGGCUCAUCAAGAAGGGUCGCGACGAGGAGGGUCUCAAGACGCUGUCCUACUUGCGCAAGCUGCCUCAGGAUCACGAACUCAUCCAAGUCGAGUUCCUCGAGAUCAAGGCUGAAGCCCUUUUCGAGCGUCGCUCCUUCCAGAAGAACUUCCCCAAUCUCGCAGCCAAGGAGCAAGGCAGUGUCUGGGUUCGCGAAUUUGCGCAGUACUAUCAGAUCUUCCGCACUUGGGACAACUUUAAGCGUGUUGCCACCGCCUGGCUCGUCAUGUUCUUCCAGCAGUGGAGUGGUAUCGAUGCUAUCAUCUACUACGCUUCGAACGUUUUCGAAUCCGUCGGUCUUACCGGAGGCACCCAGGCCCUGCUCGCCACCGGUGUCACUGGCGUCGUCUUCUUCGUCAGCACUUUACCUGCCAUGGCCAUCAUCGAUAAAGUCGGCCGCAAGCCCAUGUUGCAAGUUGGCUCCGUUGUGAUGUGGAUGUCCAUGGUCAUCGCCGGUAUCCUGGUUGCCAAGUUCCAGCACGACUGGGUCACAUACAGCGGUGUAGGCUGGACUGUCGUUGCCUUCAUCUGGGUCUAUAUCGCCGCUUUUGGAGCUACCUGGGGACCAGUCUCAUGGACAUUGGUCUCUGAAAUUUUCCCACUUUCCAUCCGAUCUAAGGGUGCUUCUAUCGGCGCCUCGAGUAACUGGCUCAACAACUUCGCUGUUGCUUUCUACGUUCCGCCAAUGCUGAAGGCAUGGACGUGGGGCACAUACAUCUUCUUUGCUGUAUUCCUCGCUGCUGGCAUGGUCUGGGUCCACUUCUGUCUGCCAGAGACCAAGGGCGCGACUCUUGAGGAUAUGGACAAGGUGUUCGGUAGCCGUACAGGUGAGGAGGAUGCUAUCAUGCUGGCAGAAGCAAGAGCGGAGAUUGGAUUAAGCAUGAACCUUGAGACAGAGGCGAUCAAGGCGGCGAUGCAUGGAGAUACUACCCACAACGAGAAGGGCGCUACUCGUGUCGAGGAGGUCUAAGAGAAGAAUGAGCAUGCUGCUGAACAUGAUACUAUCAAUAUAAUUGCAGAGUUUCACUUGAAGCAGUCUCAUCCAAUUUGUCAUAUCCACCUUGGUCCGGAGAAAUAUGUAGUUCGCUGCAAAUUUGCCGUGCAUCUCGCGCCUUUACUGAGCAUAACUGUCCUUCAAGUAGCAGAAAAAGUCGGAUGCAAGCUGGAUCCUC